AUGGCCAAACACGCGCGAAAAAAGCAGAAAAUUGCCGCUAAACCUGUCAACACGCUUGAACAAUCAGAGCCGCUUGGAUCUCUGGCUUCACUCACGGACGAUACAAGCAAGGACGAUGAGGAACGGAGACUCGAAAGUCUACUUUUUGGAACGGAGUACAAGCCCCGAAAGGACUCCUCAAACCUGAUCAUUUUAGAUGACGAAAGUGAAGAUGGACACGUCGGGGAGAAGGAACUAGAGAAUUUACUGGAUUCAGAUCUUUUCUUCAUUGAUGACGCCUCGAAAGACCGGCCUGGCAAUGACCAGGAUGCCCAGGGUGACAGUUCCUUAGAGAACCAGGAUGGCUCUCCGCAGGCCGCGGAAGUGGAGGAAGAGAGCGAUGAGGACUCGUCCAGCGAAGCUGGGGAGGACGACGCCGCCCGCGUUGCUUCGACAACUGUACAACCAUCGACCAAGAAGGGACAAGCAUGGGCGGAUCCAGAUGACCCUACGCUGCAAGUGUCUCUUGCAACGGACAAACGGCGACGGAAGCUGCGUGAUGCACUGGCGGAGGACAUAGUUGCUGGGAGAGACUACGAGCGAAGGCUACGGCGGCAAUUCGAAAAAAUAAACCCUACGCCGAAUUGGGCUGCUGAUGCGCGAAAAAAGCUGCAUCCUGCGAGGGCGAAACGCAGGCGAGCUUCCGCCUCUUCUUCGUCUGACUCGAGCGAUGAUAACGAUGCGCUUCCUGAUCUAUUGUCGGACACGAGAGGAAUUUUAAAAGGCGGGAAGAGACCAAAGGAAUUGCGACCAGGCAAGAUUUCCAUCGAACGGCUUAGGGAUGCCAAUUUGUCUGCCAAGGCUGAGGGAGAGGUGAAGGUUGUGCAAUUUCAUCCUUCUCCUCAGAUCCCCGUUUUAUUGGUCGCCAGUACUGAUCGGCGCCUGAGAUUGUUUAAUAUUGAUGGACAUACUAAUCCACACCUCCAAACGGUCCACAUACCCGAUCUUCCAUCGGCAAAUGCGAUGUUUCAUCCCGGUGGAAAGUCCAUCCUUCUCACUGGCCCACGUCCCUAUUAUUACACUUAUGACCUAGAGACAAAUACUGCACAGCGCUCGCCACGCGGUCUAUGGGGCACCACGUUUUCAAAUCCUAAUGUUGCAGCUCAGGAUGCGAGCAUGGAAAUAUGCGCAUUUGAUCCGUCUGGAGAGGUUCUGGCUGUUGCAGGUCGCCGAGGACAUGUACAUUUGGUUGACUGGAAAGGACAAGGCCAAGUUGUAGGGAGCGUGAAAAUGAACGUCGGUGUGAAAAGCCUGUGGUGGGCUGGUGGAGACAGGGGAGAGUUGAUGGGCCUGGGUGAGAACUCGGAAGUUUAUGUAUGGGAUGUUGGACAGCGGAGAUGUAUAAGACGGUGGAAGGACGACGGUGGGUUCGGGAGCCACAUCAUGAGUGGCGAUCGGGCAGGGCGCCAUCUGGCUGUUGGCUCGCGGACCGGACUCGUGAAUGUUUAUGGCCCUGAAGCAUCCCUCGGCUCACAGACGGGUCGGCCAAAGCUGCUUAAAACGAUCGGGAACUUAACCACUUCCAUCACAUCCCUCAGGUUUAAUCACGAUUCACAACUUCUGGCUAUGGCUAGCAACACAAAAAAGGAUCAGAUGCGAUUGAUCCAUGUUCCCUCAUUAACCGCAUUCUCAAAUUGGCCUACCUCAAGCACGCCCCUAGGGCAUGUGUCCAGUAUUGACUUUUCCAGAGGUAGUGAGCAUAUUGCCAUUGGGAACAGUCGAGGUCGUGUCCUGUUGUAUCAUCUCAAGGAUUUCUCAGAGUAA